UUAUGAGGGGUGAAUACGACAUGAUAUUACCCGUCCAUAUUUGCGAAGGUGCUAACAGUUACCACGGUUACCCUUACGUACAUCUAAUGAACUCGCCGGGGGUGGUGCUGGUUGUACAGAAAAGUCGGAAACGCGUCGAAAAGACGGACAAGCUGGUAGAAACGCUCCAAGAAGCCUGGCCUGUUGUCAUGGUAACCCUGCUAUUGACAAUAAUGGCUGGAAUCACAAUAUGGGCCCUGGACACGUACAAGAACCCAGUCGAGUUCCCGCGCUCAUUUCCACACGGAGCUCUGGAAGGAUGUUGGUGGGCUUUUGUUACCAUGACGACAGUGGGAUACGGUGACCGUGCGCCUAAGUCUCACGUUGGCCGCGUGUUUGGCAUCGUCUGGAUCACUGUUGGUCUCGCUGUCUGCUCUUUCCUGACGGCGACACUUAGUAGCGCCCUCACUACCACGUUCGUCAAACAGCCAGAGAGCAUCAUGGGUAAAAAGAUUGGAGUUGUUGACAAGUUUGGGUUCGAGGUAGCAGUACAACAAGGCGCACUUCCAAAAGAAUACAGAACAUUGCGGAAUGCUUACAAUGCACUAGUCGAUAACAAGGUGGAAGGGCUUCUUUUGGAACUGUACUCGGGUUCACAUUUUGCCGCGGAACACGGUGGUUUGGAGAUAGACAGAAAUAUUAAUAGUCCUUACUCGCUUGGAAUCGCCGCGUCCUUGGACCCAAACCUAACCACGACCAGACGCUGCUUACAGAACAUUCAGAGAUAUAAGACCUCAGCGAUCGUAAAGAUAAUAGAACGCUAUGCUCGAACCAAGAACACAACCCUGACGGACAAAUCUAGCCCCGAUGACGCUGUUCGCCUAUUCGACCCAAACUCUGAGAGACUUCGCAAGAUGCUUUACGUACUGUCGACAGUCGUAGGUUUGAUGUGCAUCAUGGGAAUCCUGUAUGAGAUUUUGCGCAUGCGCUUUUCUCACUCUGUCAAAACCGCUGUCGCAUGUCCUGCUGAGCAUGCAGACGAUUCGUUAGAUGGUAAGCUUCGUAGGCUUGAGCGUGCGCUUUCCGAUAUCAGCGACGAGCUUCGUAGAGUUAAACUGCAGAGACAGAAGGCAGACAACAUGGCCGACAUGGCUUUUGCAACUCCAGAAAUUCGCCAAUAGUUUUUGAGUAGCUUAGAAUGUGCAGAAAAGUGCAAAAAACAGCAGCAUCACGUAUACGAGUAUCACGAACAUAUAUAAAAAAUGUGCAUUGCUCUUUAUAUUCAAUGAGUGCUAACUGAUUUAGAAAUCAACUGCAGAACCGUAGCAGAGGAAGGGGCACUGGGGGCCCCAUCCCACCCUCCCCCCAAUACAGGCGCCCCCUUGGCCACCAAAAAAUGUGUCAUUUCAUAUAAAGGAAUCUUCAAAUACCAUGCUUUUCCAUAUGACUGGGCGCCCCUCCCCUCCCCCCCUCAGUCAAUCCUGGGUACAUGCCUGCAAUAUUACAAGAACUAUGGCACUGAAGUACAAAUAAUUCUUCGUAGAUAGUUGAUUGAACACCAAAUCACGAGUAAUGCGAUCAUAUAUAGUCCCAAAUAGCCCCAUGUCUAAAAUGCAUUUGUAAAUCAACUUUCAAGGUCACAAGUUAUAUUAGCUAUAGAUGAGCAUAAGGAAUAGGAGGAUGGUCAAUAAGAAAAAGUAAAAAAAAGAUUUCUGCUGGUUAAUUGACUGUGACGAAUAUGUUGUAAAUAGAGAGCUGGCAAACAUCCGUUACUGGAAAUAAGUCCACAAAUAGAACGAUUGCAAAAAUAGAUAGGAAGUGUUCCCAAUAACACUUCCUAUCAUCAAGAGGUAAGUAGUGCCCAGGCUUCAAAUAAUAGGCAGAGUGGAAAGACGCGACAAGUUUCUCGCGCAAGCCAGCGCUCGCACUCUCGUCGGCAAUCGUUCGUCACACUUCGGGUUUCCGGCAAUUCGAGAACCUCUUAAUGAAAACACGAUACAAGCGCAAGUUAAUUGUUGCCCUCGAUCAGGGUUUGUAAGCCUUAAAAAAGUAGUUUAUGCUAAGUAAAUAAAAUCUUUUUUUUUUU